UUUCUCUUCCCGCGGUUCAUGUUUUUUUCUUCUUAUUAAUUUAAUAAUAAUUAACCCGUAAAUCAAAAUAUAUAAAUGUACCACGUGACACGUUUUAGACACAUCACUCCCUCAACUUCUCUCUUUCUUUCCAGAAAAUUUGCAAUGGAUGCUGGAAAAGAGACUAGUUACAAAGAAGCAUUUGAUUCCACUGCCAAAAAGUCUAUUGCUGAUGGAAUCAUUCCUCACAUUCUUCAUCUAUAUGGAUCAUGUGCCACUGCUCGCGAUUUUGAAAUCUAUGCCCCAGAUGCUUCCUUUGAGGACCCCCUUAUGCGUGCACAAGGGGUGAAGCAGAUCAAAUCAGCAUUCUACUCUCUUCCUAAGCUGUUUAGUGAGUCAAAGAUUGUGGAAUACAGUGUUGAAGAAAAUAUAGUUUCACCAGGAAAAGGAGAGAUAUUAAUUGACAAUAAACAACACUAUAAAAUCUUGGGGAAGGAUAUAGAUAUGGUAUCGCUAAUCAAGUUGUCUGUUGAGGAGGGUAAAGUUGUUCGCCACGAGGACUGGUGGGACAAAAAACCAAUUUCUAAUCGAGAAACCGUAAAGCUGCCAUUGCUUGGCCGAGUUGCAGAAAUGACUCGGAGGGGAUCUAUGCUAGCAACUCACGUGUUUAUGAGGUUCGGGAAGGAUCCAACUGUUUGAAUAACUAGGAUUCAUCAAAAAUAUCUUGAGCUUUAUUAUACACCGAUCUGUACAUGAGACUAGAUACUUGGCGUUACCGGCAAAGUGGUGUGUUGUUUAUUUGUUUUUGUAGUGUUAAUGAAUGCUGAACUUUUCUGUGGAACUUAACUUGUGGAAUAAGUUUCAAAUCCCAGAUAAGUAUCGAUAUAGUUAUCUCCUAUAUGUAUUUAGAAUUCAAAGCAUAUUAAUAAUAUUCUCUCUGUAUAUGGUGUCCUUUUUAGGCAAAGACCUGUUUGUGUUUACUUCUUGUACUUUGUUCUAUAACUUUUGGCAAUAAUGGAGAUGGGAGUGAAGUUUUGAAGGUUGAUAUAA